AUGGCUAUUACUGUAAAACCAGAAGACACCGAAUAUGACUAUAUUAUAUGUGGAGGUGGCACGUCAGGGGCCGUUGUUGCAGCACGAUUGGCAGAAGAUUCCAACAAUUCUGUUCUUGUCAUCGAAGCAGGAGAGCAUAAUGCCCUUCUCGAAAACACCAUAAUGGUUGGCGGAUGGGCACAGAACUUCGAAACGUCCUCUGACUGGAACAUCACCACAGAGCCAAGUCCCGGUGCCAAUAAUCGUCAAGUCAAAGUCAGUCGGGGCAAAUUUCUCGGAGGAUCAAGUGGAUGUAAUGGUACACUUUGUAUUCGAGGUAUGCCACAAGAUUACGAUGAUUGGGAAAUGCCAGGAUGGAGUGGCGAGGAGGUAUUUGGCUAUAUGAAGAAGACAGAAAACUUUCAUGGCAAGGAAUGGUUCAAGGCCGACGAAUCAGUACAUGGUCAUGAUGGUCUACUUGAUGUUGAACCUCAUGAUAUGGCCCCUAUAUCUAACAUGAUCUUGGAUUCAAUGGAGGAUCAAGGUCUACCACUUCAUCCCGAUAUGUUUUCAACUGGUGAAACUCCCAAUGGUUGCGGCCAUGCACCUAGAACUGUAUAUAAAGGAGACAGAACUACUUCGGCAAACUACCUGGUCAACAAAGGUCCAAAUCUCGCAAUCAAAACUAGUACGACUGUUGAUAGAAUCAUUCUCGAGAGCCAUACGUUCUCUCAUGACCUGAGAGCCACAGCUGUAAAAAUAGUCGAGAAAGAUGGAACGGAAAAAGAGAUUAAAGCUAGAAAAGAGAUUAUUAUCAGUGGAGGAGCAUAUUGCUCGCCGACAAUUCUUAUGCGGUCAGGUAUCGGAGCAAAAUCGGAGCUUGAAUCUCAUGGUAUCGAGUGUCAAGUUGAUCUUCCUGGAGUAGGAAAGAACCUCAUGGAUCACAUGAUUGUUUUCAUGUUUUAUGAGACUAACAAACCAAACAUUACAAAUGAUCACCUUCUAUAUCGUCCAAAUGCUUUAGGUGAAGCCUACAGACAAUGGAAAGAAGAAAAGCGUGGACCUCUUUCUACAUUUCCCUUCGGUGCAUUCGCCUAUACUCGUCUCGAUGAACGUCUUGCUUCGGAACCCACCUGGACCUCAGCACCACGGCGACAAGGGCGAGAUCCUAUGGGUUUGACUAUAUCACAACCUAAUAUCGAGUUUUUCACCACUGAAUGUUAUGGCGGUCCAAAGCAAUAUGAUCAGUUCCCAGAUGGAGAAAAGACUCAUGCAUUUUCUAUCAUUGCUGAGUUAUUCGCGCCUAAAAGUAGAGGUACUGUAACAUUGAAGUCCAAAGACCCAAAGGACAAUCCAGUAGUUGACCACAACUACUUGAGCGAAGAGCUGGAUGUUGUUGUUCUCAGUGAGGCGUGUCGUUAUGCCAAUGAAAUCAUCAUGAAGGGAAAAGGAACCAAGGAUAUCGUUGAGGGAAGCUGGCCUAAGGACUUAACACACCAUGCAUACACAUCGAGAGAACAAUGGGUUCCUUAUAUCAAGGACAAUGCCACAACUUGCUACCAUCCCGCAGGGACCGUCAAAAUGGGAAAAGCAUCCGAUCCAAUGGCAGUUCUCGAUGAAGAAUUAAGAGUCAGGGGAGUGAAAAAUCUCAGAGUCGCCGAUACGAGCGUUAUGCCGCUGCUUAAUCAAGGUCAUACCCAAAUGCCUGCGUAUGCGAUCGGUGAGAAGGCAGCAGAUUUGAUCAAGGGCGUUGAUGGUUUAGAUAUGGCGGCGUUGAAGUUAGAGAGAUAUGACUCAAAGAUAGAAGUUACUUGA